AUGGAAGCUGGAAAGUUAACACCACCGUUUUGUCCUGAUCCUAGAGCAGUAUAUGCCAAAGAUGUGCUUGACAUCGAGCAAUUCAGCACUGUUAAAGGUGUAAGAUUAGACGCAACGGAUAAUCAGUUUUAUGGGAAAUUCAGCACCGGAUCUGUUUCAAUACCAUGGCAGAAAGAGAUGAUCGAAACAGAAUGUUUCCGAGAACUCAACGUGAUGGAACAAAAUGGUGAAUUAGUGUGGAAUUUGCGUAAUGACUCGAUUAGGGGUGAAAAUAGCAAAAGUGAAUCUAAUAACAAAUUUGGAUUUCUCGCACGACUGUUCAAGCGAAAAACCGAAUUUUAA